AUGGUCGCUGGUUCUGACCGAUGGAUGUGGGCUCUUCUGGGCCUUCUUUCGGUGGUGGCCUGCGAGGAGCAGCCGACGGUUGUCCGGAUGGGGAGAUCAAAGUUCAUUCUGGAAGCUCUGGAGACCAGUUGUGACAGGAACUUUGUGGAGUAUUUCCACAGGGUCCCCAAUACGGCGGAACCACUGUACACAUUUCGGGUGCUUAAGCUGGCAUCUGCCUUCACCAUUGACUUCGCUGUCCGGGUGCGGAAGACGCAGCGGGUGAUGUACAAGUUGGACAACUUCGAUGGCUGCCGGUUCCUCGAGAAUCCGUUGAUGAACAGAAUCUUUGGGAGUGUGUACAAGAAACUGAUUGUCAAUGGCAGCUUUUUCAGUUGCCCCAUUAAGCCGGGUGUCUACUUCCUGAAGAACGAGGGAUCAGUGGCGAUGCUGCCCAGCUUUCAUCCCACGGGACGCUACCAGGUGUCUAUGCAGGUCAAGAUGCCCAACAGUCGGGACCCUUUUGUGAUGCAGAUGCUCUGGAUGUAUAACAUUGUGCGCAUCAAAUAA